GACGUCAUAAGGGGGCGGAGUCUGCUGCGUUCAAAACACAGCUUGUCCCCAUUCCUUCCUGAUCUUCGCUUCCUGCCUCUUUUGCGCUCUUUUUUUUUUUAUUUUCGCGUUCUUUAAUUCUAUCAUCUGCUUUGUGAAACUUUAUUGCGCUUUUAUUCUUUGUUUUACUUUUGUUUUUAUGAAGAUAUAAUGCGGCUGCUCUCCGAGAUACAUUUUGUUCCGAGAUUGUUUUCCCGAACAGAUCCAUCCCACCGUUGUUGACUGCUGGUUUGUUGUUUUCGGUGAAUAUGGAUUGAUUUUAAAAAAAAUACCGUAUAAAUGCAACCGCCGUCCAAGACACUGCCUGCUUCUGAAAUCAAAGAGGUGUGUGAGCGCAGGGUGCAGGCUGGCCUGUGCUGUGGAGGGGAUGAAGAACCUGGUGGCUACAGAGAGCCGCCGGCUGCUCGGCCUGCUGGAGGCCGCUCUGCUCAGAGAGGCUCGUCUGUGGAAGGUCCCGCUCGUCAAAAACGGAUGCAUUCAGGGUGCUGACAUCUCCUUGUCCCAACACCAGCAAAUGAUUGUUUGGAUUGGAGAAAUGAACCGGCUGUUUCAGUUCUGUCCAGAAACUUUUGCGCUGGGAGUGUGUGUCCUUAACCGCCUGCUGUCCACUGUCAAGGCUCAGAGAAAAUAUCUAAAAUGCAUUGCUUUUACCUCCCUGGUCCUGGCUGCCAAAAUCAACGAGGAAGACGAGGUUAUUGGUUCUGUUAAAGACCUGGUGGUGCRGAGUGGAUGCAACUUUUCGACAGCGGAGAUUCUUCGCAUGGAGCGGAUCAUUCUGGACAAGCUGCACUGGGAUCUGUACACGGCGACACCGGUCGACUUCAUUCACAUCGUGAGUUUACAGAACAGCAGAUUAAUUAACAGUUCUUUUUUUCCCAUUAGACCUCAACAUCUCAGUUACUUGUGGUCUUACAGUGAAACACAAGCAGUACAAAAAGCAGACAUUGCAAACCAUCAUGCUUCAAGAUUCUCUGCUCCACGUUUAAGGGUUGGUCCUGGGUUACAUUGUGCAUUUAUUUAACUGGACUUCAUGUGCCUGUGAUUAGAAUUACGAACUACAUUUCUAGUUCUGAUUGAUAUGCAAACUUCAAGUCAGAAAAUCUGAUGGGAGAUAGUUAGAUUUCCCAUCUUCUGAUGAAUUAUAACUUCAAGUAAAAACGGGUUUUAAUUGUGUCUGUUGCAAAAGCAAACAUUUGUUGGUAUAAAAAACCAGCAAAUCUGUUUUCUGACACAAGAACAGCUUCUUGCAGAAACAGUGUAUUCUUUUAAUACCAAAUGGAUGCAGCAAAACAAUUUGUUCCAAAUUUCAAGAGUGCAUUUGCAAGCUACCAACAAAGCAUGCAUGCUGCGCAUUGGGCCAAGGCACUUCUGAUUUUUCUGCAGCCAUAUUGUGGAAACAUAAACCCCGUUGCCACCAGAUGGCAGGUUGGAUGAGCUGAUGUUGUCUGGGCUUUCAGACCUCAAGCGGCACAAACGCUGCAGUUUACAACAUAGUGUGGUUUUACUGAGUUUAUCUUUUUAGGUCUACAGCUUGGAUCUGUACACCAUCAUCUAAAAAUCAUUGGGCGAAGCAGAACCCACUGRUUGAGUUACCAACAGACAAACACACCUGGGCCUGCUGCUGUAUUCAUAAGGCUUUUAAGGUUAAACAGAAUUAAUCUGAAGAUGGUUAACGGUGAGCACGACUUCUUACUUUGAGUUCAAGAUAAAGGCAGAGCCUUGCAAAAGUGUCCUUAUUACUUGAACUUUAUAUUGUUUUUCUGGAUUUCAUGUAUUGAUCAACAGAAUCAAUAAUUUAUAACUAAAGAACUAAUAAAAAUUUGAGAAGUACAUUUGACACCUAUAGUCUCAAACAUGUUAUUUACAUGCAAACUAAUAUCUAACCCUGAACACCAACCUCAACAUUCUGUCUAAACUGUGAAACAUAGAGGUGGCAGCAUCAUGCCGGGUGUGGGCUGCUUUUUUCCUUCAGUGGGGGAAGGAAAAACUGAAACUGAGUAAUACAGGCCAAUUCUAGAAGAAAACCAGCCGGAGGCUUCAACAGACCUGAAACUGAAUAAACCCUAAACUACGGCCAAUUCAGUCCAACACUAAAUCUAUUUGAUCAUUUUUAGCUGGACACCAAACUGGCUGGUCAGACAUGUCAGAUUUGCAAAGUUGGUAGAUGCAUAACAUAGUUACAGCUGUAAUUGCAACCCAUAAUUUUCCUUCAUCUUCACUAUUGGACUUUACAUUGAAAGCAGUCAUGCGCAUUCACAUAGAACCCCAAAAACAGACGCUGAAGUUCAAGGGAUAUGAAYACUUCUGCAAGGCACCUGAAAUCACCCAGAGAGCAACGGCUUUGAGCCCAAUGCUGAAUGCUUUCUGAACACAGGCCAGUUUGUAACCACAAUGUGCUACAAUGAGACGACUCCUUUUAAUAAAAAAAUCUUGAUUACCAUCUUCUGCAAAAUCAACCUUAUCAUUCCCAGUUGGUUUCAGUCUCAUUCUCCAACAGGGAAAACCUACAUUCCUUCAGCACUAACGCUGGAUUUGUCUGCAAACUCUUUAGACAUAUUUUUCCAUAAAGCCACAAACCGUAAAACCUUUCACUGAGAAGCGGAACCAUCUCCCAAACUCCAAACUCCCUCUGUUACAUCGUCAGGAUCUGAAUUUGAGUUAUUGUGGGUAAUACAAAAUCCAGGACUUCUAAAAUAAAGAGCCAUAAUAUAACAAAACUAUAAUAAAAUAAAGAUUUUUUUUCUCUCUUACUUUAAAUAUAUUUUAAAUAACUUUUAAAUAUUUCACAUCGAUACUGUAAACAUCUGCCCUGAAGAAAUCACUUUGCAUUCCCUUUUUAAAUACUGAACAGUUAUUUUCUGUUAUCUACAAAACAGCAAUUUGUCACAGACUCUCCACCAUGACACGUUGAUGGGGAUAAAUUUACAGAGAUUCACAGAUUCGCCAUUAAAGUUGAAGUGCAUCUAAAUAAAAUCAGAGGUCCGUUCAGCGGGAUGGUGGCGAAGAACAGCCGUCAUGUGUGGAUGAAUCCUGUAAAGCCAAAUCUAUCGAAAAUGUUUAUAUUUAAUCAGAAAUGGAGGAUUUUCAGAUAGUUUUAGUUCAGCUUCAUUUCAUUUGGCACAAUACUGAAUUUACCUCCCAGUGCAAUUCCACUUUCUUUUAAAAACAUGGCUUAUUUCUGCUAAAGACAAACUAUAUCACAACAUGAAUGUAUUAAUAAMGGAAAGACAGGAUAUGAGAUAAACAAAAACUCUCCUGUAAACCAAAUGAGUUCCAAACCCUUUUGCUUGAAAGAAAUGUUACCCAAGCUGUUUGUGACUCACUGGGCAAAUGGAGAAUUAGUUUUUUUUUACACUACGAUCCCAACAAGGUUAGGUUUUAUACUGUCUGCACACAAUCGC